AUUUGUUUAUCCAUUCAUCUGUUGACAUAGAAUGUUUGGAUACAAGGACAAUAUACAGAAAUCAAUUCUAUUUCUAUACACUAGCAAUAAACAGUUGGAAUUUGAAAUUGUAUUAAAAAGAUACAUUUACAAUAGCAUUAAAAAUAUAAAAUAAUUAAGGAUAAUUUUGUCAAAAGAUGUGUAAGACCUAUACUUAAAACUAUAAAACAUUGUAUUACUGAGAGAAAUUAAAAAAGAAUACCUAAAUAAAUGCAGAGAAGUAUCAUGUUCAUGGAUCACAUGACUUAAUAUUGUUAAGAUGUCAGUUCUCCCCAAAUUAAUCUCUAGAUUCAGUGCAGUCCCAAUCAAAAUCCCAGGAGACUUUUUUGUAGAUAUUGACAGGUUGGUUCUAAAAUUUCUGUGAAAAUGCAAAGGACCUAGAAUAUCCAAAGCAACUUAGAAAAAGAACAAAGUAGGAUGACAAACACUUCCUGAUUUAAAGACUUAUUGUAAAGCUAUAGUAAACCAGAACAGUGUUGUAUUGGCAUAUAGGUAAACAAAGAUCAAACAAACAAAAUAAAGGGAACAGAAAUACCCCUCCACCACCACCACCACAUAUAUGGUCAGUUGAUUUUCUACAGACAUGAUUUUCUAUAGAAAUGUCAGGGCAAUUCCAUUGAGAAAGAAUAAUCUUUUCCACAAGUGGUGCUUGAACAAUUGAAUAGCCAUGUCAAACAAAUGAAUUUCUACCCUUAGCUCAUAACAUAUAUAAAAAUUAACUUGAAGAGGACCAUAGACUUAAAUAUAAAAGCCAAGACUGGGAAGCGGCGCAGCGCGCCGGGAGCAGCGCCAAGACGAUGGCUGGAGGCAAAGCUGGAAAAGACAGUGGAAAGGCCAAGGCUAAGGCAGUAUCUCGCUCACAAAGAGCUGGACUCCAGUUUCCAGUGGGCCGUAUCCACAGACACUUGAAGACUCGUACUACAAGCCAUGGGAGGGUUGGUGCCACUGCUGCAGUGUAUAGUGCUGCAAUUCUGGAGUAUCUCACUGCUGAGGUGCUGGAGCUGGCAGGUAAUGCUUCUAAGGAUCUCAAAGUAAAGCGUAUCACUCCACGUCACUUGCAGCUUGCAAUCCGUGGUGAUGAAGAGUUGGAUUCUCUUAUAAAGGCUACCAUAGCUGGAGGUGGUGUGACCCCUCACAUCCACAAAUCUCUGAUUGGAAAGAAGGGACAGCAGAAAACUGCUUAGAGAGUUGUUUUAACCAACCCUCUUCCUCCCUGUCAUUGUACUGUAACUGGGACAGAAGAAAUAAUGGGGAUAUGUGGAAUUUUUAAACCAGUUAAAUGGAAGAGCAUAGACAAUUACUGUAGAAAUGCUAAAGAAACAUUUUAUUUUCUUAGAUUCAAAGUUUGAUAAAAGUACCUUUUCACGUGGCAGCAAUUGUGUGUUGAUUGGCUAGGUUUCUCCCAUGUGUUUUAUAUAAAAAUAGAAUUGAUAAACCAUUUUUUACAAAAUUAAUUUGUCUCAAAACUGUUUGUUCAUGAUGUAUUAGAAAGAUUUUGUUCAGACUUUGAAAAUUUUUUAAUCUCAAUUUGGUUAUAUUCAGAAUAAUCUGAAAACAGAAAUUAGGAAUAUAAAUUCACCAUGAUUAAUACCAUAUUUCAUUGACUAAGAUGCUAUCGAUUAUAAUAUGCACCAAUAUUUUACAUACCACUAUUAAAGAAAAACUCUGCCAAUUAAAUCAUGAUAUGUCAUCAAUUAUAAGACGCAUCCCAAUUUCAAGAGAUGUAAAACUGUGGGAAAAAAAAAGUGCAUUUAAGAUUGAUGAAAUAGGGCAGCAAAAUUAUUUGAAUUAUUUAUUGAGCACUUACCAGGUCCUGUGCUAAGUACUUUAUGUGAUCCAUGUCAUGUACUGACGAAUCAGGAAAUUUUAUCACUUCCAUUUUAUUGAUGUGGAAGCUGAGGCUUAUAGACGUUAAAUGAUUUGCCAAAAAACAUUUAGCCUAGUAGCUAGAAAAUGGCAGAAAAAUUUGAAUCCUAGAACUAGGAUUCCAACCUAGAUUUGCCUGACUCCAGAACUCUCAUUCCUCACUGGAAUUGAAAUUAAAUUUAUCACGGUUUUCUGCUGUUUGGUUUAAAAUUCCAGUUUGUAUAGGUCUUUCGGAAAUUUAAAUUCUAAAAGUUGAGAUUUAACUAUGCAUUCAAUAGUAAUUGAAAAAUGCUUCUUCCCUGUCAAGUCAUGUAUGUAUGAAUUUUUGGAGCUGCAUCCAGUCUAAAUCAUUUUUGCUCGGUUAUUUAGAUUUCAUUUUCAUCUAUUCCUGAAAAGUUGACCAGAUAUAUUCCUAUUGGUGUUUAUAGAUACACAUUUUUCUUUUCACUUUUGUUGCUUUUAUUUUUUUAAUCCCCUUUCUAACUUAAAAUUCCUGGUUCUUUUUAUAAGUCUCUGUCCUUUCAGGUAAAUUGUAGAGUAUAUCAGUCAGCUUAUGGUGCAAAGCAGUGCUGAAAAUUUACUACACUAUUACGGGGCACCUUGUAUCCUCCUCUCUUAGGGGGCAGGCUUAGACAGGUUUCUUUGUUGAAAAUCAUUUUCUUUGUGAGCUUCUAAGUAGUUGUUAAAAGAUUUAAUUGAGCAAGUAUGUACCAUUUAAUGGUCCAGCUGAGAACUCUGUAUUUUUCUGCCUAGAAGUCUUCAUUGAAGAAGAAAUUUUUUUAAUGUUUUUUAAUACAAUGCUUUCAAAACAAAACUCAUUUUAAAGGCAUAUUUUAUUAUGGAAAAUUUCAAAAAUACACAAAAAUAAAGAGAAUAGUACAAUGAACUCCCAUUUACCCAUGUUCCACCUUGAACAGUUAUCAUGCUAUGGUCAUUCUUGUUUUAACUGUAUCCACACCUAUCCCCUCCCCACAGUGGGGUUAGUAUGAACCCCGUUCCUGGUGUAUUAUAUUUUCAUGUAUACAUAC